GGUUUUUACGACAGUAUGGUGGUAAUACGUUAGUUAGCCGGCAACAACGUCGCAGUUUUCACGUUUCACAUUUAGUUUGGUAUUUGUGAGUUCAUCGCUUAAAAAGUAGAAGAUGCACGAAAGGUGUUUGCCCGCCUCUCCCAACUGGUAUUGUUCCCGCUGCAGUGAUGUCAGCAGCAGCGGUUUGCUGGGCGUCGGAGCCAAAAACAUCAUCUAUUUGAUUGACGUGUGCUCGAGCUCCGGCAGGGUUGUGGGUGAACUUGUUGGCCACAAAGACUUGGUGUCGGGCUUUUCCUUCUGCCAGCAGGCCGGGCAGAGUCACAUCUGUGUCAGCUCCUCUGUUGAUGGGAGUAUUUGCUUCUGGGACUCGGACAACAGGGUCCUCAUCAAAGAGCAUAUAUCCCAUCAAAGUUCCGUCACAGCAGUGCACUGGUCCCCGGUGGAUAAAAACCUGGUGGUGUCAGGAGAUGAGAAAGGCGUUGUCUUCUGUCACUGGUUCAACACAGGCGACAGAGUCAGCUUCUUCCCUGAGCCUCGGACCAUCUUCUGCCUGACCUGCUCUCCUCACACCUGGAACUCCGUGGCUGUGGGGUACAAGGAUGGGAUGAUUGUGCUGAUUGACGUGAGUAAGAAAGGCGAGGUGAUGCACCGUCUCCGUGGCCAUGAUGAUGAGAUCCACUCUCUGGCAUGGUCGCCACAGGCCAGUGAGGACACCCUUCACAGCAGGCCUGAGGACAGAGAAGCCACCAGUGGAGUGACAGAGGGAGAUGAGAAAGGCUGCUAUCUUGCAUCUGGGAGCAAAGACCAGACAGUGAGGAUAUGGAGCACAGUGAAGGGCAAAGCUCUGGUGACCUUAAAGCUGCCAUAUCUGAAGAAAAGAGGAUUAAUGAUUGACCCCGGAUUCAAAGAGAGACUCUGGCUCACUGUCCACUGGCCAAAGGGAAAACCAACACAACUCAUUUCCAGCUGUUUCAGUGGUGAAUUGCUGAUGUGGGAUUGGACCAAAACAGGAAAGCAGAGGUCGACUGUGUUUGGAAUGUCCUCAGAUGGUCGGAACCACAACAGAAUUGUCUUUAACAUAAGCUCCGCUCGAUUGCACGAUGGCAGGGAGGUGAUCAUCAGCACAUCCAUGGACAGAGAGAUUAAAUGUUGGGACCUGGUCACGCUGGAGUGCUGCUGGACCUUGCCCACUCUGGGUGGCUUUGUCAACACUUUGACCUUCUCCCCCGUGGGUAUAGGUUGUUUAGCACUGGGUGUUGGUGACAACAUGAUCCGGUUAUGGAACACACUAACCAUCCAGAACCAGUACGACACAAGAACUCUAUGGCAAGGGAUCAAGUCAAAGGUCACAGCACUGGCAUGGCACCCAACAAGAGAAGGAUCGUUGUCUUUUGGAACGGAUGAUGGUAAAGUUGGUAUCUAUGAUGUCUUUUCAAACAAGCCUCCCCAGAUAUCAAGCUCCUAUCAUCGAAAAACAGUGUAUACAUUGGCCUGGGGACCGCCGGUUUCCCCGGUGUCGUUUGGUGCAGCAGAAGGGAAACUGUCCUACAGUCUGUAUAGCUGUGCUGGUGAAGGUAUCAUCCUGCAACAUGAUCCUUCGAAGCUGAGCGCUGAAGCAUCGAAUAUUGACAGGCUGAUCAGAGAGACCAACAACAUCAAGCACAAGCUGUCUCCACACACCGACUUCAGCUGGAAGCCAGAUGGGAAAGUGGUUGCCAUUGGUAAUGAAGAUGGGUGCAUUGAUGUCUAUCAGGCUCCCACUCUGAAGCUGCUGUGUAGCAUCCAGCAGCACCACAAGAUCAUCAACACACUACGGUGGCAUCACAACCACGCCUCUCCACCUGAGCUGGACUGUCUCCUGGCGUCUGGUUCCAGCAAUGCCAUCGUCUAUGUGCAUGAUCUACACACAGUGAUAGAGAAUCCUCCAGACAGCCCACUGGUGGUGACAGAGCCAUAUCGCAGACUGUGUGGUCACACAGCUAAAAUCACCAGCAUGGCCUGGAGUCCACAUCAGAAUGCCCGACUGGUCACUGUGUCUUAUGACGGAACUGCCCAGGUGUGGAAUGUGCUGGAAGAGGCUGCUGUGUGCAACUACAGAGGCCACGUCGGUUGUCUGUUGUGUGUUGACUGGUCCCCUGUCGACCCCGAUGUGAUUUGGACUGGAGGAAAGGACUUCACUGUGCAGGAGUGGAGGGUCUCCAAGCAGGAGUUUACAGUACCACCUCCAGGGAAAAAGAUGAUUGACCUGAAGGAGAAAUCAAAACAGAAGAGGAAGAACAAGAAAAUGUUGGUCACUGGAAGAGUGGCUCCAGCAGAGCUGAAUGGAGAGAGCGCUACAGGAGGAGAGAAAGAGGCAGAGAUACAGGAGCCGUCAGAAGAUGAGGAAGAGGAAGUAAACACAGGGAGCAGCCCUCUACCUCCAGCAGACACAAUGGAGAUGCAGAGAAAAUGUGCUGCAGUUAAGAGAAAAGACAAACCAGACACAAAUUUGCUGUCCUUGAAGAAAAAGAAGUCUCGCUCCUUGCUGCCUCUCAGUACAUCGAUGGACCAUCGGUCCAAAGAGGAGCUGCUGCAGGACUGCAUCACUCUGGCAUCUGUCAGAAAUAGUAGCGCGCCACCUGCAGGUUGUGUACCAGGCCAGGGAGAGCACAUCCAUCUGGGCCUGUUCUCUGAGAGACAGGCUCUGUACCGUAUGUUUGAGGCAGAAGAGGAGGCCCACUUGGAGGCAGGUCACUACGAAUCCACCUUGUACUUACGGCUGUGGAGUGGAGACCUGGACGGGGCGCUGCAUCGCGCCGCAGAGAUGGGAGAGCUGAGUGAUUACCACCUCGCCAUUGCUCCUAUGGCUGGGUUCGAGGUGUGGCGCCGCACGGUGGAGGCGUUUGUUCGACAGCUGUGUCUGCAGGAACAAUACUUGAAAGCAGCGGCGCACCUGCUGUCGAUCAACAAGUUGUAUGAAGCCAUCGAUCUGCUGCGUGCUCACAAGCUCUACAGAGAGGCCAUAGCGCUGGUCAAAGCCAGGCUGCCAGCAGAGGAGCCAGUCCUCAAAGAGCUCUACACCUGCUGGGCUGAAGUGCAGGAGAGAGACGGACAUUUAUCUGGAGCCGCCAAAUGUUACCUGGCUGCUGGUGCCAGUUUUGAGGCCGCUAAAGUCAUCGCCAAGAAGAAUGAUGUCUCCUCGCUGAGGACGGCUGCCAGUCUGGCCAGGAUUUCAGGCGAGGCAGAUUUGGCUCAGUCGCUGGCGCUGAGGUGUGCAAAAGAUCUGGCAGCUGCUCAGGAUUGGGUCGGAGCCCAGGAGGUCCUGAGUUCAGAUGAGAGUCUGCUGGUCCACAGGUUGCAUUUAUGCGUGGCCGAGGUGCUCUCUGUGAUCUUGCCAGACUCUGGAAGUCAGUCGUGUGUCUCCAGUCAUCAGUGGGCGUUGCCAGGAAAUCAUUGUUUAAGCAUCCAGGAUCGGGUAGUACAGCUAUGGGAGGAGGAGUUUGGCGUUUCAGAGAGGACUUCUAGUCGUCUGCUGCAGGACCUGAAGUGUGUGGACAGUCCUCGGCCUACAGCCAGCGCUCCUCUCUGCCAGGUCCUCCUGUACGCAGCCUGCCACUUGACCCGUGCCAUGCUGAACUGCUUUGCAGAGGAUGAUGAUCAGCUGAUAAAGGAACUGUGGCACGCCGUGUCCUGGCUCAGAGAAAUGGGAAACUUCUCUGCUUCGGCAGAGUUUUGCAGACAGCUAUUUCCUCACGGUGAUGUCACUGUUUGUUCCAUCAAACAUCCCAAAACACUUCAGUACUUGGAAGCUGGGGCCAAAGCUGCAGCCAGCAGCCUGCAGGGAUUUGUCCAUUAUUACCGUCUGUACGAAUACUGGUGGAGCAACUCAGCCAGCAACCUGGGCUCCACAGAGGGCAACUCAGCCAGCAACCUGGGCUCCACAGAGGGCAACUCAGCCAGCAACCUGGGCUCCACAGAGGGCAACUCAGCCAGCAACCUGGGCUCCACAGAGGGCAACUCAGCCAGCAACCUGGGCUCCACAGAGGGCAACAUGGCCAGCAACCAGGAGUCUAGUGACAGCAACAUGGCCAGCAACCAGGAGUCUACAGAGGACAACUCAGCCACCAAUCUGGGGUCUACAGAGACCAAAUUGGCCAGUAGCCUGGGGUCCACAGCCAUCAUCAAUUCAGUCACCCACCUCGGGUCCACAGCCAUCAUCAAUUCAGUCACCCACCUCGGGUCCACAGACAUCAACUUGGCCAGCAACUUAAACUCUACAGAGAGCUACUCAGCUGGCAACCUGGGCUGUAUAGAGGGCACCCAAGAGGAUGUUUCCACGUCAGAAGAUAAGGCAUUGAGAGGAGACGUGAUGAAUGGUCUGCUGAAGUCUGGUGACUUCCUGGCAACCAGCAAAGUAAAUAAACUGGACUUUGAUGUAUCGCUGCUGCUGUCUGAGGAACAGGCCUCUUGCCAGGCCACACAGCGGUCGAUGAUGGAGAUUCAGGACAGGCUGGCUACCAUGGUGCUGCAGAACAGCAGAGCACAGGGAGCACAGCGCCACCCUGUGGAGAGGCAGGAAAACACACCCUCACAGAUCAGCAGCAGUGAUGUCCAGGACUCUGCCGAGACUGAAGAACGGCCUGAAGACCAGGAGUCUCUGCUGUCCUUGUCCAGAAAGAUGUCAGCAUACCAGAAAGAGCUGGAUGCCCUGCCAGACACAGUCAAUAUGUUUCCUUACCCAAAUGUGAUGGAGUGCUGCCUGGUUCUCCUUCACCUCAGCAAGUCUUCCUCCUUUAUCUCAGAAGCACUGCAGCAACAGGCCAAGGAUCUGCUCCGCAGGUUUGCAACCAGCAGCUCAGUCCUCAAAGCAUCUCAGCGAUUCCUCACCUGA